AUGUCGAUCCUGUUUUCGUAUCCCAUAUAUCACUUCAUCAUUCUCCGGAUCCAUGUUCUGAUUUACACUUUGGUUAGUUCGCUAGCCACAUGCGCUACCAUCCUCACAUAUGGAAAAUUAUAUACUAUUUUCUCCGAGCGUUAUGUCUUCGUAUCGUCUUUGACAAUAUUUGUCGUUGGGUCUGUUGUCUGCGCAGCCGGGCCAUCAUCUCUUGCCUUAAUUCUAGGUCGAGCAAUUGCCGGCUUAGGCAAUGGUGGUAUUUUGUCGGGAUGCAACAUAAUUAUCGCUCGCGUAACUCCUCUUCGAUGGAGGCCAUUUUAUCAAAGUCUAGUUGGCGGGAUUGAAUGUGCGGCGCUAGCCUCAGCACCUCUAAUUGCAGGGGCCAUUGCUAAAUAUCAGUCAUGGCGAAUUUGCUUCUACAUUAGCAUUCCAUUUGGAGCAGUUCCUGCUUUAAUCUGCUUUUUCUUUUUGAGAAUUCCACGGUCCCAAUGCCAACAAUCUAUCUCAUCGGCAAGGCCGAGUUUCCUGAGGCAAUUGGAUGUUUUGGGAAUGGUUUUGUUUGUGCCCCUUAUAGUAUGUCUUAUCCUUGCCCUUCAAUGGGGAGGAACUCUCUACGCAUGGAGCAAUUUUCGAGUGAUCCUUCCUCUGGUCGUGGCCGGGGUUUUGUCUCCGGUGUUCAUCACUCAACAAUACUACGCCCGUGAGACAUCAACACUUCCGCUCAGGCUGUUGAGAUCUCGAACUUUAGUCUCCGGCAUAAUUCUGAUAUUUGCUACAGCCGGAACCUUAUACGUGUUUACUUUUUAUCUCCCUAUCUAUUACCAAGCCAUUCGAGAUGCGUCUGUUCUUGGGUCUGGCUUAAGGGAUUUAUCGCGGAUGGUAGGGUUGGUAAUAGCACUGCUUGUAGCUGGGUCUGUUACUAGCUUCAUUGGAUACUACACGCCGGCAAUGCUUCUGGGCACAGUAUUGAUGUCUGUCGGUGCAGGCCUUACGAGCACAUUUCACCCUUCCACCGGGCUAGGCCUAAUACUAGGAUCACAGGCAGUCUUUGGCCUUGGCUGCGGUUUUGCAUUCCAGCAAGCCUACGUCGCCGUCCAGGUUGUUUUGCCUUCAUCUGACAUUCCCGCAGCCAUCAGCAUCCUUACUUUCGCGCAAUUUCUUGGUAGCAUUGUCAUGCUUGCAAUUUCACAGAAUGUAUUUUCUAGUCGUCUAAUCUCUGGACUAGGAUCGAUGAGUCUGGGUUUAGAUAUUACGGAAAUUCUUAACAGUGGUGCUGUGGAUUUGAAGAAUUACGUCCCCGUGGAAAAACUUCCAGAAGUGCUUCAGGCAUAUAACACGGCUCUCGACCAGGUGUUUUAUAUAGGUCUGGGGGCCGCCUGUCUCACCGUCGUUGGCGCUGUUGGCUCGGAAUGGAAGACAGUGAAGAGUAAAAGCAAAGAGAACGAGGGCUCAGGAUCGUAG